AUGGCACCUGUUAAAAUGGGUACACUGCCCGAAAUCCCGGACGAGCCCCCACAAUCUGCUUUAAUUUUGGAAAAUCAAGAAUUGCAGCAACGAAUUAGACCACAGAGGGUUGAAUUUUACUCCAUAAACUUCAACAAUACUUUGCACUGGCAGCCUGGGAGAGUUGGAAAAGGUGAAGAUAUUACCUACUUUGUACAAUACAAAGUAUAUGGGCAAAGCUCAUGGAAAAACAAAGAAGAAUGCUGGCAGAUUCAUGAAGGUUUGUGUGACCUAACUUAUGAAACAUCUGAUGUAAGAGAACCUUACUACAGCAGAGUAAAAUCUGUUUCAGCUGGAGUCCAUUCCAACUGGACCAUCAGCUGCAGGUUUACUCCCUGGAGGGAAACAAUAAUAGGACCCCCAUCAGUGACUGUGACUCCUAGAAAUAGGUCCAUAACGCUCAAGCUCAAGGCUCCAAGUUCACCUUAUAAAAGGAAAAAAGGAAGCAAGAUAUCUAUGGCAUAUUUUUACCACUUACUAUAUCAAGUGUUUCUAAUUAACAACUUGCCAAAUGAAAAACACAAAAUGCUGGUAUAUGAAGGAACAGACAAAGUUUUUAAAAUAGAAAACUUGAAACCUGGUGUCAGCUACUGCAUAGUAGCUAAAAUCUUUGUAGCAGUACUGGACCGUAGCAGUGCAUAUAGCAGAAAGGAAUGUACAGUGCCACUCUGA